CCGGCCCUCCGCAGGUCUGCGGGUCCAAGUGUCGCGGCGGCGCACUCGCGGCGAGAAUCGGGAGGCGGAGGAGACGGCAAGGAUAGGCCCAGGAGUGAUGGCGUCGAAAGAGGAACAGGCGGUAAAAAGUCUCAACGUGGAAAAUGCCAACCAGGAAAAUGAAAAAAAGGAUGAAAAGAAGCAAGAUGCUAAUAAAGGAGAGCCCUUGGCCCUCCCUUUGGCAACUGGUGAAUACUGUGUGCCUAGAGGAAAUCGUAGGCGGUUCCGUGUCAGGCAGCCAGUCCUGCAGUAUAGAUGGGAUGUGAUUCAGAGGCUUGGAGAGCCACAGGCAAGGAUGGGAGAAGAGAAUAUGGAAAGGAUUGGGGAGGAGAUGAGGCAACUCAUGCAAAAGCUGAGGGAAAAGCAAUUGAGUCACAGUCUGCGGGCAGUUAGCACUGACCCCCCUCACCAUGACCAUCAUGAUGAGUUUUGCCUUAUGCCUUGAAUGUUCAUGUUUUCCCUGAAGUUAAUAGGGCAACACACCUGCUUCCUAAACUUACAUGUUUGUGAUGUACCUUCAUUGUAAACCUUUCGAUGUUACUUGUUUCUUAUGGGUCUCCUAUUACCAGCUUCUAAUUGAAUGUUGUGUUUUGACCCAAUACGUAAGUUUCUGUCAGCAGGGGAGUUUUACCUAUUGCAUGGAAAGAUGCUCAUUACAUGUUAUGAAGUAAAUAAAGCAAUAUAAGAAAGCA